UCCGGAAGCCAAAGCCCCGCCCUGCUUCCGGGUCUGGCCGCGGAAGCCCCUCCCCACUUACGGCCUCCACUCCGAGCCCCGCCUCGCUCCCUGGUCACCGCGCUGAAGUCCCCCUGCGAAGGCCACUCGGGUCCUUCCCGUCUCGCGUGAGUUUCGCUGUGGGAGACUCUCUGGACUCAGACGAUGCAGAGCGCGGUGGCCUGGCCCCGCCUGCCCCCUCACGACCCGGACACGCCGGUGCUGUCGGUGGUGGAUAUGCACACUGGCGGCGAGCCCCUGCGCAUCGUGCUGGCCGGGUGCCCCGAGGUGGUCGGGCCCACCCUGCUGGCCAAGCGGCGCUACAUGCGCGAGCACCUGGACCGCGUGCGCCGCCGUCUACUGCUCGAGCCCCGGGGCCACCGGGACAUGUACGGGGCGGUGCUGGUGCGCAGCGAGCUGCCCGAAGCGCACCUGGGCGCGCUGUUCCUGCACAACGCGGGCUACAGCUCCAUGUGCGGCCACGCCGUGCUGGCCCUCGGCCGCUUCGCGCUGGACUUCGGGCUGCUGCCCGCGCCCCCCGACGGCUCGUGCGAGGCCCGCGUCAACAUCCACUGCCCCUGCGGGCUGGUGACCGCCUUCGUGGCGUGUGAGGGCGGCCGCAGCUGUGGCCCAGUGCGCUUCCACAGCGUCCCGGCCUUCGUGCUGGCCUCAGAUCUCAUGGUGGAUGUUCCUAGACACGGGAAGGUGGUGGUGGACAUUGCCUAUGGCGGUGCCUUUUAUGCCUUCGUUAGUGCGAGACAGUUAGGACUUGAUGUCCGUUCUGCCAGGACGAGGGACCUUGUGGACACCGCAAGUGCAGUGACCGCAGCGGUGAAAGCUCAGUUUAAAAUUACUCACCCCGAGAGUGAAGACCUUGCCUUUCUAUAUGGAACCAUAUUAACAGAUGGGAAAGAUGCUUAUGAUGAGGAACCAACCACCAACAUCUGUGUGUUUGCUGAUGAACAGGUUGACAGAAGCCCCACCGGCUCAGGAGUGACAGCCCGUAUUGCGUUGCAGUAUCAUAAAGGCCUCGUAGGCCUGAACCAGCCCAGGGCCUUUAAAAGCAGUGCGACGGGCUCCGUGUUCACAGGCAGUGCCGUGAGGGAAGCAAAAUGUGGUGAUUUCAAAGCUGUUAUAGUGGAGGUAUCGGGACAAGCCCAUUACACAGGUACAGCAAGCUUUACAGUAGAAGAUGACGACCCACUGAAAGAUGGGUUUCUUCUCAAGUGACCUCCAGGAUGCUUAAAAGCUUUCCUUCUAAAGUAUCCAUAAGUAGUGCUUUCUCUACAUUAUGUAAAAACCAAUAUCCAAUUAGUCAUGUAAGCUAAUUUCCAUUCUUUUAAAAAUAGUAUACCAUGGCUAGAUAGUCAUUAUACCUCAUAUUUGCUGAUAUAUAUUUUGGUACAAAUAUCACUUAAGUCUAGCAUAUAAAGUGCCAAAAGUUCAGAAAAAUUUUUUAGUUAUUAACAUACCAAGUAAAAUUAAAAUCCUUUAAAACAUUACUCUAUGGUAAUGACUAUAAUAUUUUGUUUUGAAGGUUCUUUGAAUAGUAUCUGAAAUUGUAGCCAUCUCAAUAAUGAACUUUACAAGUUCAUUAUUUUAGAAUUCUAUUUUGAGAAAAAUAAUGCCCUCUACAAGCAGCACAUAAAGGAGAUGGAUGAAAAGAUACUCAACACUUAUCAUAAAUAGCUGAAGAGGAAUGGGUGGAGCAAGCUGCUUUCCAUAGGUAUCACUACAGGAGCUGCAGGUCUCCUGUGUGCUUCAGUGCCAACCUCCUGCACCCACAGGUACUGAAGAUCCAUAAACUGAUUCUGCAAAGACAAACCAGUAAUCAGAUUUUUGCUAUCUCUUUAAGGCUUUUUGCGAGGGUUUGGGGAAGGAACAAACUCAGAGCCUCAUGAAUGCUAACAUAUGCUGUACCUCCAGCCUCUUUAAGACUCUCAAAAAAAGAUUGCUUACUACAUUACUGAAAUCCAGGUACAUGGUAGAAAUUCAUGAAUCACUUACAAGGGAAUGAAUCAUACUCUUCAGCUGCUUGCUAGAUGGAUUUAAAACAUGAAAGAAAUGCUCAUUUUAGCACUCUCACUAGUUAAAAUUUAUCUGUGAACCUUGAUCACUGUCAGUUAUCACAAACCGAAGCUCUUAGUAGAUUCUUAGUGAAGUAGGUAAUAGUACCUUACUUCUGAACAUGCAAAGAAAGAAAUUCAUUGUAACUGGCUUUGUCACCAGCAAGUCAGCAUUCACCCAGUUACUAGGUCUGUGGUUUAAUAACCUGACCAAAAGAAAAACUAUAAAGUUAAUGUUUCGAUUUUCCUUUUACUCAAAAAAUGUCAUGCUGAUUUUUGCGCAAUCUUUAUAAAAUUCUGUGACAACAAAGUUAUUUACCUCCAAGGAAUGACAGUAUCACAAAUUCAGUGUAACCAAGUAAUUUUCUACAGAUUCUCUCCAAAUCUCAGUACAUUUGAAAAAAAUAUUGUUCAUAAGUUCGAUUUUGUAGUAUUUUAUAAUGUGCUAUUUGCAUAGUCUCUGCUUUAAUGAAGUACACCAUGAAGUCAUGCGAUGGUCGAUUGUGUCAAUGUGAGUAAGAGAAGCUCAACUAAACUGGCUCAGCAAUUCCACACCCUGGGGUGAGGAAGACCCACCCCAGGGCAACUUGUCACCCGAUGGUAUAAAGGGGAAAAGAAGGGUGCAUCUGCUUCUGUUUCUUCAGAGGACCUCUAGGCUUCAACUUGGAUGUCAUCUGGCUUCCAGCACAGACUCGAGCUUCUGGCGUAGACUUCAGAUCCUUCAGCUUUCCAGGGUAGACUCUUCAGGCUUCCAUGGCAGACCCAUCAGCCUCCUGAUAGCAGACUCACGUGGAACACUGCAGUGAGCUCCAGGCCUUUGACUGGAUCCUUCAGAUCUCCAGUGUGCAGACAGACCCUCUGCAGUCUUCCUCAUCCGACUCUGUGGGUGGCCAUUGUAAGCCAAUCUUGUAAAUUCAUAUAUAUUUGUGUACAUAGUAUUGUAUGUUUCUCUAGUAAACACUGACUGACAAUGUAUGUUAGUAUCCCAUAGCUACCUAGACAGGGGAGUUUUAUCCCUGAUGUUGUGUAGAAUUGUCACUUCUUGAUGAUAAAAACAAGCAGAUGUGCACCUCAGAUCAACCUCACUGGAGCAGGCCCUGCCCUCUGACUCACCUGUGUUGUGUCACUAUCUGUGUUCCAUUGUACAGGUGUGGGAGAUGCAGGCCAGACAUGUUAAGUAACUGCUUACCAAGGCCCUUCUGGAGGCUGUUAUGCAACUCCAUUGUUUCCUAGUACACUUCCUCCACCUCUAAGAUAGGACAGCCAGAACUUGUUUCAUGAAGAUAUAUUUUUCUUGACCAUUAAAAGAUACUUAUUACCUAAGUCUUCCUGAA